AUGUCCAUGAGCCCAAAGCAGUCCACCCCCUUCUCAGUCACAGACAUCCUGAGCCCCAUGGAGGACAGCUACCGCCGGUUCGGAGGGAUGGACCCCAACCCCCCGCUGGGCGCCUACAGGCAGCCGCAGGUCUGCCAGCCCGGUAUGCAGCACCACCACCACCACCACCACCACCUGUCCUCCUCUUCAUCCUCAGCAUCCUCCUCAUCCCCAGCCUCGGCCGCCGCUCUGGGACCCGGCGGGUCGUAUCACGUGGCCCACGGGGUCCCGCAAUUCUCCGGGUCCCUCAGCGGCUUCUGCAACAGCGGCAUUGGGAACAUCGGAGACCUGCCGUCCUACCAGGAGACCGCGAGGAGCGGGGGGCCCGCGGCGGCGUGGUACAGCAACCCGGAGCCCAGAUACCCGACCAUUUCCAGGUUCGUGGGCUCCUCCGGAGGUAUGAACGUGCCCGGGAUGGGGGGCAGUCUGGCCGGGAUGGACUCCGCCGCCAAGUCCAUGGUGACGCUGCACGCGGCUCCCCGGAGGAAGCGGCGCGUGCUCUUCUCGCAGGCGCAGGUGUACGAGCUGGAGCGGCGCUUCAAGCAGCAGAAGUACCUGUCCGCCCCAGAGAGGGAGCACCUGGCCGGGCUGAUCCACCUCACCCCGAACCAGGUGAAGAUCUGGUUCCAGAACCACCGCUACAAGCUGAAGCGGCAGGCCAAGGACAAGGCCGCGCAGCCGGACGGCAGCAGCGCGUGCACGACCACCCGACGCUCCUCUUCCGUGUCCCCGGUCCUUACCAAGAACGACAAGGGCUGCCGGUCCGACAGCGGCCCCGACAAAACCGGGAACCGACAGAGCAGCUCGGGCGAGGCCGUGAGGGCGACCCCGCUGUCCUCCACGGACGAGCUGGAGGACACGUCUCCGGGCGCGCCGCUGGGACUGCACGCGCACAUGAACCUGGCGCAGACGGAGUACACCCCCAGCAUGCUGGGCUCCAACCUACUGUACGGCAGGACUUGGUAGGGGCGCGCGGAUCGGACCCGCGGCGCGGAUUCUACAGGCAGACACAAAAACUGAAGUCUAGGCCGGGACGCGGCUCGAGCCGGACUGAGAGAUGAAAAAGGGUUUUUUCUGUUUCUUACU